AUUGGUCAUUCUAGUUCUUUCUUCGUGCACGAUCGUACAGGUUUUCAUUCGUUUUAUCUUGAUUGGUAAUCGCAACUCUAUUUGAUGGAUGGAUAGGCUUAUUUUGCUGUGCGUUUAAUCUUCCAAUAGGUCAUUUUUAUUUUUAUACAAGCACAUUCCGAAUACGUAGAAGGAUUUUCGGUUUUAUUUGCUUCUUUUAUAAAUUCUUACAAAUAUUUCAGUUCAAUUUUAAGCUGCUUUUUUAUGCAGUGGGUUUCCCGUACUCCAUUGUUCAUGAUUUGCAUAAUUGCUAUCAAAUCCUUUCCGUGUCUAUCUAAACUCUUCAAACUGUACAUGAUAAUAGUUCAAAAUGUGUGUGGAAUUCUGGAAUUUGCUGACCAUGUGAAACGUUCUUUUAUUGUCGUUCAUGUUAUAAUUCCUGCUUUUCUUUUCUUUUUUUUUUGCACAGGAUUCUGCGUGAAAGCGUUCAAGAAGGGAACGGAGGAAAAGUUCUUCAUCAAUCUCUGCCAAACCGAUGGCAUCCCGCCGCCGCGCGACAUUACCGAGGACGAGCUGAUACGCAUCCUGAACGAUGGUGAGCCGAACGCAUUCCGCAUCCCGAUGAGCAUCACGCAACCCCGCCCCGCACUGGACAAAUCCAACCAGGGCUGCCAGGUGUGCGAUAUCGCGAUCAAUACGAAAUUCUACGCCAAAAUCGAGUCCGGCGGGCUAUUGCGCGAGUUCCUGAUCAGCGUACUGUUCGAUGGGGUGGAGAAUAAGUACAACGUCGCGCUGGACGAGAGCAACUUUCGCAUACUGAAGAACAAAAAGUUCAUCGACAAGCUGAUUCCGCACAACAUCCAGAACCGGGACGUGCGGCAGGUGAUCGAAAGCUAUCCGCACCAGUCGGACGCCGACCGGGCGCUGCUCACCGAGCUGGACAAUCCGAGACCGCUGAUGGCGGGCGCACAGCCGAAGAAACCACUCAUCGAAGAGAUUGGCGCAGAUGCGGGGACGGUAAAAACGGUUAAAAAUGAAACGAACAGCUCGCGUACUGUCGCACCGGUAUCGGUGGUAAAUGCCAAACAGCAGCAAAGUGACAGCACUACCACAGCACCGUACGUGCCCGACCCGACAAAGGUGGCCAUUUCGCAGGCCGCCACGAAGAAGCCGGAGAGUAAGCUGUUCCGCGAACCGCCCGCCGGAAGGGCGAAGCGACUGAUAGGAGAGUUCCAUCUGCCGGAAUGUGUUUCAUCGAGCGAAAUUACGCUGGACGUGGGCGAGGAUCGCAUUUUGCUGGAGGCACGCAAGAAAGGCUACCUGCUCGAUGUGUUCGUGGACUAUCGUAUUGAUGAAAGCAAGGUGGAAGCUCAUUUCGAUACCACCACAAAGAUCCUGCAAGUAUCGAUGCCAGUGUUGGCGGCUUAAAGUCGGAUGGCGUCGCACGGCAUGGGGUUGGAAUCAUGUACAAAGUUUGUGUGAGUGUGUUCCCUUCCCUAAGCUGUAUUUCUAGUUCUAAUCUGCCUAACGGCCCUAAUCUCUAUGUAAAGUUUCUUUUCAAAAAAGCAUUCUCGAAAGCAACAACAUACGUUCCAAAUAUGAGGGUCUUUUGUUCGUUCGUUAUAA